AUUCCAUCCUUUUGCCACUGUUCCCUCAAAACCCGAACCAGAAUCCAUCAAAAUUUGAGUAACUUCCACUUUGCCUUCGCGGCUCGAGCCACACCAAACACAACGACACUCCGAUUCAGUGGUUAUCUCGAGAGAUUCAGAAGAUGGCGUCAGGGUGGGGAAUCACCGGAAACAAGGGCCGAUGCUACGAUUUCUGGAUUGAUUUUAGCGAUUGUAUGUCCCGCUGCCGAGAACCAAAGGACUGUGCUCUACUCCGUGAAGAUUACCUCGAGUGCCUCCACCAUUCCAAAGAGUUCCAAAGAAGAAACCGUAUUUAUAAGGAGGAGCAGCGUAAACUAAGGGCAGCCGAACGGGAUGCCAAAGAGGGUAAACACGUCGAUGCUGCUCAUGCAUAGUUAUAAUUAUCAUUCAGAGAUUGAAUAAUGAAGAGAAUAUGCGUUGCUAUUUGAACAGUUUUUUUUUUUGGCCUGUUAAUGACAUUCCAUUCCGUCUUCCCUGAAUCUGGUAUGAAAUUCACAAGUCAUGCAACAAUGCCAAUUCAUUUUUUUCAUUUCUCCAUCAGAAGGACAGCAUUAUCUGCUUGAAGAUGAUGUUGACUGUGUUAUUGGCACUUAAUCUUAUUUCCAAGUUUUCCAAGUGUUCUGGUUUAAUCAAUAAGCUCUUAGCAGAUUGCCAUUCUCUAAUAUGUCUGUCUGGGGAAGAGGUCAUCAUAGUGUUUGGAUUGCUAUCCAUAGAGAAAGGUUAAUGAAACAUUAGACGUUUUGAGGGCC